AUUGUUUCUAAGGUUUUCUCAUUUGUGUGUCGAGUAGCCAUUUCCUGUGCGAAUUUUCAGGUUUCAGUUUCAAAGCAGGUAAAUUAUCGAGUGGCAUAAAGUAGUCGACUAUGCCAAGAAGAUCAAGAUCUCGGUCGAGGUCACCAAGAAGAGAGAGAAGAUCUUCCAGGGAAAGGGAGAGAAGACGACACAGAAGGAGCCGAUCCAGAUCUCCCAGGAGGAAAUCCAGAUCUCCCCACAGAUCCCGGGAACACAGGGAACACAGAUCUAGGUCACCACGACACAAAGAAAGAAAAGAAAAGCACAAGGAGAGAGACUCGUCAACAGCUGAGAAAGUAGUUCAUGAAAAACCUAAUGUAACUGAAGUAGAGCUGGAAGGACUACCACAGGAUGAAGCAGAAAUGAUGAAAAUUAUGGGAUUUGGAAAUUUUGACUCCACAAAGGGUAAAAAAGUAAAUGGGAAUGAUAUUUAUGUUGCCAAUAUACCAAAGAAAAGACGCUAUAGACAAUAUAUGAACAGAAGAGGAGGCUUCAACCGGCCAUUAGACUUCAUUGCAUGAGACUGUUUUUACCAUUGUCAGUGUUCCAGAAACUUGAUAUUUUAAAUAAUGUCAGUCAUUUAAAACUUCUACAGAGAGGACCACAAAAAACGUGUCAACAGAACUCUGUGUAUUAAUUUAGUACAUGUACCAGUAUAUGUUCAUGUGAAUGAAACUGAACUGUUAUUGAAAGGAUACAUCUUUAUUCAUGAAAAGUACAUGUAUUUGCAUAAAAAUAUCACAGUCAGUGUAAAGCAUAUUUCCUUUUUGACGUGCAAAGUUAUCAAUUUGUACAACAGCGUAAAAUGAUAGGACAAUUCUGCAAAUUACAGUCAUUUGUACUGUCAUUAAACUUAUCUAAUAUCAAUAACAAAAAUUUCUUAUUGCACUUUAACUAUUCAUCUUUUACAUUUAUUUGAUUAAAACAGAUUUUAAAGUUGAA